GUGGAGUUUAGGGGCAAGAUGGCGCCUACUGCGGUGGGGGCCGCGUCCGGGGAGCGGGGUCUCAAGAGCCUGGUGUGGCAGAAGCUAAAAUUAUCAGUAUUUGAUGAUUGUAGGAAGGAAGAAGAAUGGAAGUUAAUUAUUUUAGACGACUUUACCACUAAACUACUGUCGUCAUGUGGCAAAAUGACUGAUUUACUGGCAGAAGGCAUCACUGCUGUGGAGAAUGUUUAUAAAAACCGUGAGCCUGUCCCGCACAUGAAGGCAAUUUAUUUCAUCACUCCAACAAAGAAGUCUGUAGAUGGGCUUAUAAAUGACUUUGUAAGUAAAGCAUCCAGCAAGUACAAAGCAGCAUAUGUCUACUUCACUGACUUUUGCCCUGACAUUCUCUUUAAUAAAAUGAAGUCCUCCUGCUCAAGGGCUAUAAGAAGGUGCAAAGAAAUAAAUAUUUCCUUCUUUCCAUAUGAAUCUCAGGUAUUUACUCUCGAUGUCCCAGAUGCAUUCUUCUGCUGUUACAGUCCAACUGUGGAAAAGGCAAAUGGUAAAGAUGCCAUCAUGGAAGCAAUGGCUGAACAAAUUGUUACAUUAUGUGCAACUUUAGAGGAAAACCCAGGAGUAAGAUAUAAAAGCAAGCCAUUGGAUAAUGCCAGCAAACUUGCAGAGCUAGUUGAAAAUAAGCUUGAAAACUACUAUAAAAUUGAUGAGAAAAGCCAAAUAAAGGGUAAAACCCACUCCCAGCUGUUAAUAAUUGAUCGUGGCUUUGACCCUGUGUCCACUGUACUCCAUGAACUUACCUUCCAAGCAAUGGCAUAUGAUCUGCUACCAAUUGAAAAUGAUACAUACAAAUAUAAAACAGAUGGUCCCAGUGGAAAGGAAAGGGAGGCAAUUCUGGAGGAGGAGGAUGAGCUCUGGGUGAAAAUUCGGCACAAGCAUAUUGCAGAUGUGUUAGAGGAAAUUCCAAAACUUUUGAAAGAAGUUUCAUCAAAGAGAAAAGCAACAGAAGGAAAAUUAUCACUAAGUAAUCUGGCCCAGCUAAUGAAAAAGAUGCCACACUUCCGUAAACAGAUUACCAAGCAAGUAGUCCAUCUUAACAUAGCAGAAGAUUGCAUGAGUAAGUUUAAAUCCAGUAUAGAAAAGCUGUGCAAAACUGAACAGGAUUUAGCUCUUGGAACUGAUGCAGAGGGCCAAAAAGUGAAAGACGCAAUGAGAGUCCUUCUUCCAGUUCUACUCAACAAAAACCAUGACUCUUAUGAUAAAAUAAGAGCUAUACUCCUUUAUAUCUUCAGCACAAAUGGAACUACACAAGAGAAUUUGGACAAACUGAUCCAGAAUGUACAAAUAGAAAGUGAUAGCGACAUGAUAAAAAAUUGGAAAUACCUUGGUGUACCUGUUGUGGUCUCGUCUGCUUCUCAGCAACGUAGACAAUCAAGGAAGGACCGCUCUUCAGAAGAAACAUUUCAGCUUUCUAGAUGGACACCUGUUAUCAAAGAUGUUAUGGAGGAUGCUAUAGAAAACAAACUAGAUUCAAAAGAAUGGCCUUACUGUUCCCAGUGCCCUGCAUCCUGGAAUGGUUCAGGGGCAGUAAGUGCUCGCCAGAAGUCCAAGACUAGUUACCUGGAUGACCGAAAGAGUGGUUCAAAGCUGAUAGUUUUUGUAAUUGGAGGCAUCACAUACUCUGAGAUACGCAGUGCUUAUGAAGUUUCUCAAGCCUACAAAUCUUGUGAAGUUAUUAUUGGUUCCACUCAUAUUUUGACACCCAGAAGACUGCUGAAUGAUGUAAAGAUGCUUAAUAAACCAAAGGAUACAGUUUGCAUUAAGAAUGAAGAGAAGUUGUAAUGUUCAAGCAGUACUAUUUCAGUAGUGAUUAAAAAUGCAUUAAGAGAUCACAUAAUAUAAAUAGCAUGUAAAUAUUUGUAUGGAAUUAACUUUUCCAGUGAUGUAUUUGGGAAAGUACACACCCUCAACUAAUGGAGUAUCAUUUUAUAAUUUAAA